CUUUUGAGAGCUAUCUCCUUUCAGACACCAUCCUUAGUUUCGUUUUCGUUUUCUGAAACUAUGGAUCAAGUAAGGUCUUUAAGCUUAGAGUCUCUGAAUUACCAGAGCUUCAAAGCUCAGUAUCUUGUGAAGCUUACCCAGUUCUUAGUUUCUGUGUCUCUCUGUUCUUUCCUCUUCUCUCCAUCAUCCUUGUUCGCCUUGCUUCAUUACCUUAACUUCUAUUUCUCCACCUUCCCUCUUCAGCUCUUCACCCACACCAUUGAUAAGAACUGCAUGUUCCUCCUCUGUAAUGGCCUUCUUGUUUUUGUGGGUAUCACCAGAGCUUUCUCUGGGUCUAGUGGUAGCGAUGAUCCUCGUGAGGAAGAAGAUGGUUCUUCUUCUUCUUCUUCUUCUAAGUAUGUUGAUGAUGGUUCGGCGUCUGAAUUCUCAGAUAUUGAGGACACAGAGCCAUUGUUGGUGAUUGAAGCUGAUCAGGAGAGAAGCAGACAACCUGAUGAACAGAACAUUCCUGCAGAUGAAGCAGUUGAAAUCAAGUUCUCUGAUGAAGGAAACGAAGACAUAGAGAAGGUUACUGUAGAAGAUGAGGUGGACCAAGAAGAAGAAGAGCUAAGAACGUCUCAUUUGAUUCUGGAAGAUGAAGAAACUGGAAUGUUGGAUGCAGGGGUUGAAGAAGGUGCAGAACGUGAUGAUUUUCUGAUUCAAGAAGACUUGGAACAGGAAGAAAUUGAAUAUGAAGAAGAAGAAGAAGAAGAAGAAGAAGAAGAAUGUUUGCUCUCUGGUCUUUUGAAUUUGAAACGUCAAGGUGAUUUGACAAUGGACAACGUUAAAGCCGCCAUGUUGGAUGUGAUAAUGGCAGCAUUUGAGCCAGCGUUUAGGAUAGUAGAAUGGGCUAUGGCAGAAAUGGUGAGAAAACCAGCAACACUGAGAAGAGCACAAGAAGAAGUGAGACAAGUUCUGAGGAUGAAAGGACACAUCAAUGAAACAACGUUAGAGGAAAUGAAAUAUGUUAAAGCUGUCUUCAAAGAAACUUUAAGACUACACCCCCCUUCUCCUUUACUGGCUCCAAGAGAAUGCAUGGAGACUUGUGAGAUCAGUGGGUACACAAUUCCAAAGAGAACCCAAGUGCUUGUGAAUAUUUGGGCCAUUACAAGAGAUCCUAAGUAUUGGAGUUCAUCAUUUUCAUCUUCAUCAUCAUCUGCAGAAGAGGAACAGUUUGUUCCUGAAAGAUUCAUGGAUAGUUCGGUGGAUUACAGGGGAUCCAACUUUGAGUUCAUAUCGUUUGGUGCAGGCAAGAGGGUGUGUCCUGGGAUGUUGUUUGGUCCUGCCAUUGCAGAGAUUCUUUUAGCAAACUUGUUGUGUUAUUUUGAUUGGCAACUGCCCUCUGGGACUACUCCAGAAACCCUAGACAUGACUGAACUUUUGGAUUCAACCUUGAAGAAGAAAACUAGUCUCAUUCUAGUUCCUACUCCUCACGGUAAUCACAUGUGUACAUAA